UCGCGAGUAGAGAAGAGAAGCGUCAGUCGCUCACAAGCGCUCACUGCUCGGAUCUUGCAGCCGCCGGGUGGAUAUUGAUUUAUUGGCCCAUCAGUGGGAAAGGCAAGUGAAACUGUCAGUUGGAUUUCUGCUGCUGCGACUGUAGAAGUUCUCCGGAGAGCGAGUUGUGCCGCUGAGGAGUCGGAGCAGCCCCAGGAAUGAGCCGCAGUCAGUGACCCCCGUGUAACAUGGAGUGUCCGUAUCUGUCGCUGCUGCUGCUCGUGCUCGUGUCGGGGCUUCAGGGAUCUCAAAGCGCCGCGGCCAAGGAACUGUCCUGCCAAGAGAUCACGGUCCCCCUGUGCAAAGACAUCGGCUACAACUACACGUACAUGCCCAACCAGUUCAACCACGACACGCAGGACGAGGCCGGGAUGGAGGUGCAUCAGUUCUGGCCGCUGGUCGUUAUUCACUGCUCCCCGGACCUCAAGUUCUUCCUGUGCAGCAUGUACACCCCCAUCUGCCUGGAGGACUACAAGAAGCCGCUGCCCCCGUGUCGGAGCGUGUGUGAGCGGGCGCGGGCUGGUUGUGCCCCUCUCAUGCGUCAGUACGGCUUCGCUUGGCCGGAUCGCAUGCGAUGUGAUCGUCUGCCCGAGCAAGGCAACCCGGACACCCUGUGUAUGGACUACUACAACCGGACUGAGCAGACUACCGCCGCCCCCAGUCACCCGGAGCCCCCCAAACCCCCGGCCAGGUCGGUUCCUAAAAGCAGGACACGUGCGGAGCCUCCGCGGAGCAGAUCCCGGGCCCCUGGGUGCGAGUCAGGCUGCCAGUGCCGGGCCCCUAUGGUGCAGGUUUCUAACGAGCGACACCCCCUGUACAACCGGGUCAGGACCGGCCAGACCCCCAACUGUGCGAUGCCCUGUCACAACCCCUUCUUCAGCCCAGAGGAGAGAACCUUCACCGACUUCUGGAUCGGACUCUGGUCUGUACUUUGUUUUGCCUCCACUUUUGCCACUGUCUCCACUUUCCUCAUUGACAUGGAACGUUUCAAGUACCCCGAGCGCCCCAUCAUCUUCCUCUCCGCCUGUUACCUGCUGGUCUCCACUGGCUACCUGAUCCGGCUCAUUGCUGGCCAUGAGAAAGUGGCUUGUAGCCGAGGAGAACUGGACCUGGAACAUAUAAUCCACUAUGAGACAACUGGGCCAGCCCUCUGCACCUUGGUCUUCCUUCUCAUCUACUUCUUUGGCAUGGCCAGCUCCAUCUGGUGGGUCAUUCUCUCCCUCACCUGGUUCCUGGCCGCUGGCAUGAAAUGGGGCAACGAGGCUAUCGCUGGCUACUCACAGUAUUUCCACUUGGCCGCCUGGUUGGUGCCCAGUAUCAAAUCCAUCGCUGUGCUGGCCCUCAGCUCCGUGGAUGGAGACCCGGUGGCUGGCAUCUGCUUUGUGGGCAACCAGAACCUGGACAACCUGCGGGGGUUUGUGUUGGCCCCGUUAGUCAUCUACCUGUUCAUCGGCAGCAUGUUCCUCCUGGCCGGAUUUGUCUCCCUCUUUAGGAUCCGCAGUGUCAUCAAACAAGGGGGCACCAAGACGGACAAACUGGAAAAACUCAUGAUCCGGAUUGGGAUAUUCAGCGUCUUGUACACAGUGCCGGCUACCAUAGUGGUGGCUUGUUUCUUCUACGAACAGCACAACCGCCAGGGUUGGGAGGUGGCCCAUAACUGUAACUCGUGCCAGUCUGAGGGGGCACAGCCUCGCCGGCCGGACUACGCGGUUUUCAUGCUCAAGUACUUUAUGUGCCUGGUGGUGGGCAUCACGUCGGGCGUGUGGAUCUGGUCAGGGAAGACUUUGGAAUCGUGGAGGGCGUUCUGUACCCGCUGCUGUUGGGGCAGUAAAACCACCGGCGGGUCAAUGUACAGCGACGUCAGCACCGGGCUGACCUGGAGAUCUGCAACUGGCAGCUCUGUGUCUUACCCAAAACAAAUGCCCUUAUCUCAGGUCUAGACGGAGGUUUAACUUGGCCUUAAACGAACCGUAACACUAUAAAAGUGAAAAUAUCAUGUACGGUUGCCCUGCGCUGGUAACACUGGUUAAACUGCUGUGUUUGUUUCAGAAACACUACUAUUGUUUACAAUAUUUUUACCAAUUACAUUUUUAUGUUGCUGGUCCUUUAAAACACUUUAAUUUUUUUGGUGUUACUGUUCCUUUAAGACUCCCAGGGUGAGGUUUGCAAGCGGUUCUGCAAUCUUAUCCCGUCUAUGGGGGUAACAUAACCAAUGCCUCCGUUUGCGAAACCCUUACCCGGGCAGUGCCCAACCUGUUGCCAUUCAGCUCUUGUUAAUCCACAACUUCUAUUAGUGCUUCUGGGAGUUGAAGUUUCACAACAGCUGGAAGGCUGCAGCAAGGACUUUAUCCUUAUACGUAAAUUGCAGGGGGAGACCUGAGACUGUUUAAGAGUUGCCAACCUCACCCAACUUGCCCCCUUUUUAGAUAAUUGCUAUUAGCAUGAUAAUGAACUCUUAAUGGUAUCCAUUAGCAGGGACUUGAAUGACUGGUCGGAACAAUGUACCUGGGAUUGAAGCCUCCCUGAUUUCUCCCAUUUAUAUGCAAGGAGCAUUUGUGAAGGAGAUAAUUAUAACUAAGCAGGGGUCGGGAAUGAACUCCCUCCCUCGGCUGCAAGGAAAGAGUUUGUGCUGCUGCCAUGAGCUUUAUUCUGGUUCUGUUUGUGUUUAGCCGAAUCCUCAGCCAUUUCUCCCCUUCACAUCCAUGGGUGACCCCCCUACGAGUGCCAAGUGUGCCUAAAUAAUGUUUAUUUCUUCUUGGCAUGGCGGGAGUCAUAACAGCAAGGUGCGGGUUCUAUGAAUUAACCAAGUCUUACCCAUGCUCCCUCAGCUGGGGGUUUUAACUACAACUCCCAGCAUCCUUAGAGGGGCACCGGUUGGACAGACUCGGCUUUAUUUUUGUUUAUGUUUUUUUUUUUAACUAAGCUAAUUGCCUUAAAUAAAAUGUCUUAAGAAGCAGUACCCCAAAUGAAAUACGGGUUUCUUCCAUGAUAGGAUGUAUUUAUAUAAUUAUUUGUGUUCUAUAUUGUAAGAUAUUGUACAUAGUCACAAAGCUAUUACGUUCUGUACAUUUCUUUUGUAUAAAGUUAGAGGCUUCUCGACAAGAGCAAAUAUUGGAGUAUUCUAUUUUGUCAAUAAAAUGACUUUUUUUAUAUAAA